AUGGCUAACGACGACAAAGCCUUUGGAUCCAGCCUGGACUUGCAGCUUGGCCCCGAUCCCUCUUAUCUCAACCAGUGGUCCUCAAAUCCAUAUUACUUCUCCCGUGGGGACCAGGAUGCCUGGAAUCCGCUGCUCGCCACAGGCGUUCCAACCUCGUCGAUCCCCCAUAUGAACGUUUCUCUCCCUGACGAGUACUGCUUUUCUCAACAUCACUAUAGCGAGCCAUCUGAGAGUGGUAGCCAGUACCUGGAUAGUUACCCCUCUGCCGACUCCGGGUAUGGUGGAACGAGCUGCGCGACACAGUCCGUUGUCGCUUCCAACUAUACCGACUCAAGCCCACCUAAAGAUGUAUCCGAUGGCACUUGCGACUCCCUAUUUACAUCGCGGUCAUCUUUUUCAUCCGAAUUCGUCGGGUCGCCAUCGAUGCUCGAAGGGCCCAUCCGAUGUGAUCAUCGUUCUUGCCUCUGGGUUGGGAAAUGCCCUUCGGAUAAGAGAAAACAUGAGGCUCGUCAUCGGAAACUGUUCAAAUGCGACGAACCGAACUGCACCCGCAAAGAAGGGUUUGGGACUAUCAACGACCUCGCUCGUCAUAAGAAAUGUGUACACAACAAAGAGCCUGAGCGAGGACCUAAGAUGAUGUACAUGUGUUUCGGGAUCAACUGCCCUCGUCCAACCAAGAGGUGGCCCCGACUGGAUAACUUCAAGCAACAUUUGCAUCGGAUGCAUCACGAAGAAGACGGAGAGGCUCUGCUGAAGAAAUCGAUGGAAUGGUACGAAAAGGUCAUUUGUCGGCCCGCAAAGAGCGUCGCCGCCAACAGCCCCAACUGUGAAUCGGUACUUGAAUCACAGGAAGAAGCGAUCACUGCCAACUCGGCAUCAAAGCUUGAACCCGGAGCCAACGGAACGUCUCAAAAGUCCCAGGUUUUCACUUUUGGCGCCACUCCUGAGCCUCACCUACAAACAUCGACGGGAACUGAUCCCUCCCAAUUUCCUGCCUUCGGCUCUUUGGGCCUGACGGGCCAAGAUUCCUCGGUCGACCGCACCACAAAACCAGAAGCGUCUAUCACAGACGCAGCAGAUAACUUGAUCAAUGCCAUGACGAAAAUGAUGAACAAUCGCGGACGAAAGUCAAGUCAGAAUUUCGAUGAAGGCAUCGACCUCGAUCCAGAUAAUACUCAGCUCUCCCAAGCUCAACGCCAAAUGCUACAGAAGGUCCUUUCGGCUGCUCUUGAGCGCCUAUCAGAUAAUGAGUCCGUUCAAGACGGCGAAAAGCAAGACUGGUUUCAGUGCGACGCAUGUCCCAAGAGGACCCGACUGCGAUGCGAAAUGAAAAAACAUCAAAAGCGCCACGAAAGACCUUACGGCUGCACCUUUCCCCACUGUGCGAAGUCCUUCGGCAGCAAAGCUGACUGGAAGCGCCAUGAGAUUUCCCAGCACCUUAGCGUCCCAAGCUGGCUCUGCACCGUUCCCGACUCGACCAAAGGGUCCUGCGAACGGCUAUUCUACCGACCAGAUAUCUACGCGCAGCAUCUGCGUCAGCACGGGAUGCAGGAAUAUCAAAUCGCCUCAGCGACGAAUAACCGCCUUGAUUUGAAUGGCCAGUCAGAUUUCUGGUGUGGGUUCUGUAAUCGGCGAGUCAUGCUGAAGAGCCACGGUGCUGCGGCUUUGGAUGAGCGAUUCAAUCACAUUGAUAUUGAACACUUCAAGAAAGGAGAAAGAGGCCAGGACUGGGCUUCGCCUUCGGGUGAGAUGGUUGAUGUUAAGCUCGAGAAGGGGCGCAAACGCAAAUUUACGGCCGUGUGA